AUGUUUAAAUCACUCAAGAUUCAACCGGGUAGACUUUUGGAGACUAUUCACAAGACAGCAGAUCUGUAUGGUGCAAAAUACAGAUGGGGAGAUCAUCCAACUGAAACUGGUCUUCGCCGUCUUUCGUUGGAUGAUGAGGAUAAGGGGGCAAGAGAUUGGUUUGCAAAAGAGGUUAAAGAUCUCGGAUGUGAGCUGAAAAUAGACAAUGUUGGUAACAUGUUUGCAAUUUACCCAGGUAAAGACAUGACUGCUUUACCAACUGGAGUUGGCUCUCAUCUUGAUUCCCAACCAACAGGCGGACGUUAUGACGGACCACUUGGUGUUUUGUCCGGUCUUGAAAUUCUAAGAACAAUCAAAGAAAACGGAUAUGUUCCCAAUUAUCCAAUUGCCUUGAUUAACUGGACCAAUGAAGAAGGUGCACGCUUCCCCGCUCCUUUAUUAGGUUCAUCAGUUUGGAGUGGUACGACUAAGAAGGAGGAUAUUUACAAGGUAAAUUCCGUUACCGAUUCUCCUCCAAGAAGUGUCUUGAGUGAACUGGAAAGAAUUGGGUAUAAAGGCUCAGUCGAAUCAAGCCAUAAGGUCAAUCCAAUUGCCUGCCAUUUCGAAAUUCAUAUCGAACAAGCAGCAUUUCUCGAGAAAGCAAACAAGAAAAUUGGUGUUGUUCAAGGAAUUCAGGCCUUCGAUUGGCAAGAGAUAGUGAUCAGAGGGAAAGCACAACAUACUGAAACCACCCCGAUGGAGGGGAGGGCAGACGCUCUCUUGACUGCUUCAAAAAUGAUUAUCAAGGGUAAUGAAAUUGCCAAGAAAUAUGGGGGCCUUUGUUCCACUGGCAUUAUUGACGUUGAACCACAUGUUUUCAACGUAAUCCCUGAAUAUGUCAAGUUUUCUUUGGAUACACAUCACUACGAGAACGAUAAGCUGGAUUUGAUGUUGAAAGAGGUUAAAGAUUCAUUUGAUGCCAUUGCUGCAGAAGUCGAUGGCCCUCUUACCGUUGAAUACCUUCCCCUGUUUACCUCCAGGUCCACCGAAUUCGACCAAGAGUGUAUUGAUUCUGUUAGACAAGCGGCCAUUGACGUUGUCGGAGAAGAUAAUAUUAUGGAUAUUACCGCCCGCGCUGGCCACGAUUCUAAAGAAACAAGCGGAAUUGUUCCCACUUCAAUGGUAUUUAUACCAUGCAGGGAUGGUAUCAGCCAUGCUCCUACUGAGUACAGCACCCCAGAGCAGGUAGAGAACGGUUUUAAGGUGUUGAUGAAUGCAGUGCUGAGUUACGAUCUUCUCCGUAAGAAGAAGGCAGAUGCAGCUUCUGCUUAA